CCUCCAGCCCGCCUCCCAGACGCCCACCCGCCCGCUCCUCUUUCCGCAAGAUAGCAGAGGUGGCGCGCAGCCCGGCGAGCCGAUGACGGACCCCUUCUUCCUGCCUUCAAUGCCUCAGCGGAAGAUCCCCAAGGGCUGGAGCCAGGAGCGCUGCCGCUGGACAUCCUCCCGGGGAGGCUGCUCCGACCUGCUGCGCGGCGCGUCUGAGACUGGGGACUGAGCCACCCCGCCGCCGCCGCCGCUGCUGCCCGCUCCGUCGCUGCCGUCGGUCUGGACUGGCCCCCACCUCGCUGCGCCCUCUCCCCGGCCCCGGCCCCGGCUCGGGGCGUCCCGGGGCUCGCCCUGCGACCGCCGCCUCCCGCGCGCCGCGUCCUCCCGACCCCGCGGCGGCGACGAUGCCCGGGAGGAGGGUCCUGACGGCGGCGGCGCGGAUGGUAGCGGCCGGCGCCCGGGUGUGAUGCGAGCGUCACGGUGGGGAUGCUGCUGGCUGCGCGGCGCUGAGGGCCAGCGAGAGCGAGAGCCCGCCCGGGGCGGAGGACGGACUCAUCCGGAUCUGGCUGCAGCGUGGGCUCGGAGCUCCCCCUUCCUCUCGGUCUCCCUCUCGGCCCCCCUUUAUUUCGUUCUUGCUUUGCGUCUUUAACACCUCUCGACCCUGUCCUCCCCCCGCCACUGGAAGUCUUCCCGUCUCUAAAUGGAAUUAGUGGAGCCCGGAGCCUCUGGUGUAACGCACAGACAUGAUCCAUGGGCGCAGCGUGCUUCACAUUGUAGCAAGUUUAAUCAUCCUCCAUUUGUCUGGGGCAACCAAGAAAGGAACAGAAAAGCAAACCACCUCAGAAACACAGAAGUCAGUGCAGUGUGGAACUUGGACAAAACAUGCAGAGGGAGGUAUCUUUACCUCUCCCAACUAUCCCAGCAAGUAUCCCCCUGACCGGGAAUGCAUCUACAUCAUAGAAGCCGCUCCAAGACAGUGCAUUGAACUUUACUUUGAUGAAAAGUACUCUAUUGAACCGUCUUGGGAGUGCAAAUUUGAUCAUAUUGAAGUUCGAGAUGGACCUUUUGGCUUUUCUCCAAUAAUUGGACGUUUCUGUGGACAACAAAAUCCACCUGUCAUAAAAUCCAGUGGAAGAUUUCUGUGGAUUAAAUUUUUUGCUGAUGGAGAGCUGGAAUCUAUGGGAUUUUCAGCUCGAUACAAUUUCACACCUGAUCCUGACUUUAAGGACCUUGGAGCUUUGAAACCAUUACCAGCGUGUGAGUUUGAGAUGGGCGGUUCCGAAGGAAUUGUGGAGUCUAUACAAAUUACGAAGGAAGGCAAAGCUACUGCUAGCGAGGCUGUUGAUUGCAAGUGGUACAUCCGAGCACCUCCACGGUCCAAGAUUUACUUACGAUUCUUGGACUAUGAGAUGCAGAAUUCAAAUGAAUGCAAGAGGAAUUUUGUGGCUGUGUAUGAUGGAAGCAGUUCCGUGGAGGAUUUGAAAGCUAAGUUCUGUAGCACUGUGGCUAAUGAUGUGAUGCUACGCACGGGUCUUGGGGUGAUCCGCAUGUGGGCAGAUGAGGGCAGUCGAAACAGCCGAUUUCAGAUGCUCUUCACAUCCUUUCAAGAACCUCCCUGUGAAGGCAACACAUUCUUCUGCCAUAGUAACAUGUGUAUUAAUAAUACUUUGGUCUGCAAUGGGCUCCAGAACUGUGUGUAUCCUUGGGAUGAAAAUCACUGUAAAGAGAAGAGGAAAACCAGCCUGCUGGACCAGCUGACCAACACCAGUGGGACUGUCAUUGGCGUAACUUCCUGCAUCGUGAUCAUCCUCAUUAUCAUCUCUGUCAUCGUACAGAUCAAACAGCCUCGUAAAAAGUAUGUCCAAAGGAAAUCAGAUUUUGACCAGACAGUUUUCCAGGAGGUAUUUGAACCUCCUCAUUAUGAGUUAUGCACUCUCAGAGGGACAGGAGCUACAGCUGACUUUGCAGAUGUGGCAGAUGACUUUGAAAAUUACCAUAAACUGCGGAGGUCAUCUUCCAAAUGCAUUCACGACCAUCACUGUGGAUCACAGCUGUCCAGCACUAAAGGCAGCCGCAGUAACCUCAGCACAAGAGAUGCUUCUAUCUUGACAGAGAUGCCCACACAGCCAGGAAAACCCCUCAUCCCACCCAUGAACAGAAGAAAUAUCCUUGUCAUGAAACACAACUACUCGCAAGAUGCUGCAGAUGCCUGUGACAUAGAUGAAAUCGAAGAGGUGCCGACCACCAGUCACAGGCUGUCCAGACACGAUAAAGCCGUCCAGCGGUUCUGCCUCAUUGGGUCUCUAAGCAAACAUGAAUCUGAAUACAACACAACUAGGGUCUAAAAAGAAAAUUCAAGAGAAGAACUAUUUAUACAAACAUGGGGACUGUGAAAAGAAAAUUCUAUAGUGAAUUGUGAAAAGUGGACAUAUUUCUAAAUUCAUUCCACUGCCUUUAUCCAAACUUAAGAAUUACAGACAUUUGUUAUUCCUUCGGCAAGACAUCCCCGCUGCACAAUGAUAUGUUCAUUUCGUAAUUUGGUUGCUGGCCACCAAGUGCUCCUUAGUUUUUAAAUACAUUUUGAGAUUAACUGGAAACUUGAAGAAGAAAUUAGUUCCCGAUUAAGACUAUCCCAACUUUAUUUUUAUUGUCAGUUUCACUUUUGUUUCUAUGUUGUUUUAUGUCUUUGUUAUAUAAUUGUACAUUGUGUGAUAUGUGAAAAAAACACGAAUUUGGAUGAACCUUGUGUUACAUGUACAUUGUUUUCAUUAUAUAGACAGCUUGAGAAUAGUGCGUUCCUGAGUGAUUUUGAACAUGCUACAGUGAAAAGUGACAGUGUGGACCAUGGAAUCACCAGCUAGAGGUUAUGGACUAUACACACCUAUUACUAUAUUCUGAUUAAAUACAGGAAAAAGUAACAAGUAAAAUUACUAGAUUGCAAUAAAAAAUUUCAUUUUUUGGUCUUUCCUAUAUACCCCUGAUUUCCUUUUUGUUUUAUAUCAAAGAAAGUAAUGAGUUUCAGAAAUCCUUUUUGAAGUCAGGUAUUUUACCAUUCAUACUCUACAGUAGAAAUGUUUUUGAUUAAGCACUCAGCAAUAUGACCAAAUUGACAGUUUGAGAAAAUACCCUGCAUGUCAGUACUGGAUAUUUGAGUUGGGAAAAAUAUCCUUUUCGUUAGACACAUUGUGAAAAGCAUGCAUUGUCAAAUACUGUUGUUACUCUUCCAUUUCUUUAUGUCAUAUGCUUGCUACUUACGACUUUUUAUAUAAAUAUAUAUAAAAUGUAUAAUAAUUUCCUAAUUUGAGUUAAGAGAAAUGUUUUCUUCCAUUAGAGUGAUUAAAAAACUGACUCACAUAAAUACACAUUUUAUAUCAACUCUUUCCACCUUUUAGGGUACAGGAUGUCCUUCAGUAUUGAGGUUUACUUCCCAAAAUAUUUGGCUUCUAAAAGUAUAGGGGAAUAUUUUCUUCUUUUAGAAUAGGGAACUCUUUUUAAAACUGCUUUAAAAUCACAAGCCCUUUUAUGAACUAAACUACACCAUUAUGAAUUAUUCUUAUUCUCAGGCACACAUAAUACCCCUGAAAGCUUAGUGAUUAUGAUAUGUUUAACAUAAAGUAAAAUCCUAAAAUAUAUUUUAUUGCUAUUAAAUUAUAUACACACUCUGUAAAGUUUGAUUUGGUGAGUGAUUAUUUUUUGAAAUAUUCAAUGUUUAAUCUUACAAAAUAAAUUUUUAAAAUAAGAAUUACUCUCAGUAUAUAUGCUUCCCAACAUUUUCAAAACUACUGAAUUCUCCAAGUUGAAAGAACUCUGUCCUUCCACUAGCAGAUCGGUCUGGUCUACUAAAAUUUGGACUUUGCAAUUCAAGCAGGCUUUGCAAACUAAAUAGAUGAAUUACUGUUACACUUCCCUACUAGGAAGACAAUGUCAUAUAUGUUAAAAAAAAAUAAGUAAAUAGAAAAUAAAAUAAAAUUUUAUAAUAGAAAAGUCAAAGAGUUAUCAUAGCCAUUAUAAACACUCUAUCUCGAAAAAAUGUCAAGUUACAGAAUCACUUCAAUGAAUUUGAUAAACUAGGGAAUCAGAAAAGGUUUUGAACAUGACAAAGAUUAUUUUUCAUUGUUACGCUACAUAGUUUUAUACACAUUGCUUAUGAUAAAAUGUACACUUUUUUAUUUGGCUUGACUGGUUUAUUACCAUGGUUCCUUUUUUGCCCUUUAAUUCAAAAUUAAUCCACCAAAGAUUUUUGUAAGGGAUUAAUCAUACCUUAUAUUGCUUUCUCCAUUUAGAAAUCUUCAGAGGACUCCUUUCCCUUUGAAUGAUAAUCUCAAAAGUAUGAUAUAACUGUCAAGAUUUUUUUAUUUGUAACAGCAAUAAAAACAGUGAAAUACGUUAGAUGAACACGUUACUAUUAAUUUGUUCUAUAACUGUCUGGGAUGUCUGUCCCCUCCAGUUUCUCCUAAAUAUAUAGAAUGCUGAUUCCCUGCUUAAAAGAUAUCUUCACUGGAAAUCCACUAAUGGGACUUUUAAAAAAAAACACUAAAUGAAGUAUAAUAAUAAGAAUGAAGAGCUCACAUAUAUUUAACACACAGCAGCUUCAUGGGAAAACAACUGUAUUUUAAAUGAAGAACAGGCCUCCUCAGUGAUAACUCUAAAAUUUCUCAACAAUGUACAGACACAGACUAAUCAUAAAAGAAGAUAAUGACGAUGCUGGGCAGUGUCUGGAGGUAUGCUUUUCUCCUGGCAUUCACUCUAGAUGCUGAAACUUGGGAGUGCAGCGCUCUAGCAGAGCUGGGGGAUGUUCUCUGAAGGGCUCUGGUGGUGCUUAUUUAUCAGCCAGUAUUGAGAUUUGUCAAUAUAUCAAAAACUAUUUAGUAGCCAUAUCAGACCUUAUCACCUGAAUGCAACCUUUGGCCCACAUUCUAAAGGUGGUGACACACAUAGAUAAGGAAUGAGAUGUUUCAAGACUUUUAAGUCAUGUUAUUUUAAUAAAUGAUUAUAUUUUUGAUAAAGUGAAUUCAGAUAUUACUAACCCAAGUGCUUUAUUGAUUUAACAAGAUGAUUUCAAAUAAUGUGUUAAGUUACCCUGCUGUGUUAAUUUGAUAAAGCUAUUAUUUUUCAUUUUAUUUUUUCAAGUUUUCAUUUACUUUUCAAAAUCAUGGUAGCCAUGAUUGCAUGCAUAAUCACAUGCAAUGCCAGUGAAGCCCCAUAUUAAGCUUCAUACUUCUGUCCAAAUGCAUUGUAGUUGCCUAAUUUCAAGGUUCUAAUUUGGAAAUCCGAUUUAUUUUGUUUUUCUAUACAUACCAAUUUUAAGCAUUGUCUUGCAAAGUAGACAUAGGUGGUGUUUGAUUUGCCAUAAUUAACUUGAAUUUGAUUUUGUAACUAAAAUGUGGCUAUCCACAUAAUUGGAAAUCAGUGUCUUUGGGCUUUUAAUGGAGAACAGAUCACAUUGUGGUGAUGCUGGUUUUUCUGUUUCACAUUUACUUUUGCUCUAGAAGUAUUUCCGUGAGUCUGAUGACUCCAUAAGUUAUGAUCCUCAGUGUUAAGUAACGUAGACCAUUGGCAUUACUUUAAUAUUCACUUAAGCUUCUGUAUCAUUUUUUUCUGUAUUUUUCCCUUAGGAAUUUAAUUCAGGUCUUCCUCAAAUUUUAUAGCUUUAAAAAAAUAAUUCCAACCUCAGAAUAACAUAAUAAAUUACAAGAUAUGACCCUGGUUCCUAUUACCAUGAUUAAAGUGACGGCAAUUAAUUUACUGAUGUUUUGUCAGUGAAAUAAAUAAUAGCAUCUUAUGAAGUUUGUGUAUCUCUGUGAUGAAAAUGAGUCACGUCAGUUCCCUCUCUGAAGGGAAGUUAAAUGAACAACAUUUUUAAAAUUAUUUGAAUUCUAAAUAAAUAUGCUUUGAAAAGUGAGUUAGGGUUUUGUCUAGUUGCACUGAGGCGAGUUAGCUUCGGUGCCAUUUUUCUCUGUACCCUUUUUCCUCCAUGGAUUCAUUUCUAUCUGUUGCACUCUAGCAUAAAGGACCCAGCCAAGAAAUUGUAAAAUAGAUUCAACAACAAAAUAAACAGGUCUUGAGUUAAUUAUCAAUCUCUAUGUACUUGAUUAAUAUUUCCCAAGCCCAUCUUAAAGGUGUAAUAAAGUAGAAAAAUAAAAAUACAUUGUUAAAAUAGCCAGAAAUGUUUUUAUAAAUAAUCCUGCUAAAUAAAUCUGAGGCCCUUUGUUAAUUUACAAUUAUCAUGAUUCAUUUUAUUAAUAAACUUGUUUGAAUUGUACUACAAAUUUAACUGAAUUAUAUCAUCAAAAUAAAUCAAACAGGGUAAUAAAAAUAACAAUUAUAAGUGACUGAUGUCAGAAACUCAUAACAACUCAUCAUUUUCUUGUAGCCUCUGAUUCUGUACUUUCUUGUGUAUUAUUAAAGAGGUAAAUGCUCUCUUAAAAUGCCUCUAGUUCCUCAGAGGUAGGAAAAAUAAACUCAACCUGCUUUGGACUUGUGUAUUUACUUGGGUUGGUUUCCAGAAUCUCCUUAUUCCUGAAACAGUAUGAUCAUGUAGUUAAACUACUCCUUUAUAUCUAUAAGUACUGUGCAGCCAACAUGUUCUUUUUUGUCCCCAACUUCUGCCAUCUUUCCAACCUCUGAGGCAUGCUAUUUUAUAGUGGUUUGCUCUUUGAAAAAUUGUUUUUGUGCCCUCUCUUAAUAGUCACAGAUACUGACACAAAACUUAAAAAUGACCAGAAAACAAUGUAUAAAUUAUUUAAAAUAAAACAUUCUUUUUAUAUCACA